CAAAGGUGGAUUUCAGUACCACUUCCCCAACUCAGUAUCAUCGGUACGUUUGUUAUCGUUUGCUACCACGAGAUUUGGAUGCCACCUUAAUCUAUAUACCAGGUGCCUUGCACUCCACCAAGGUUGAGCAAUAAUGUGCUGGCCUUAAUUUGGUGAAAAGUUUUUGUCAACAUGUCGCAUAAUAAUCCAGGCCGAAGAGCUUUGGGGCCUUCUGGCAGUCCAGCCGCGGGGUUCUCUUUUGACAUUCAAUCGCAAGCGUUCAAAAAUACGAAUGAUUUACACACCACGACUAACAAGCGCGGGGUUUCCACGAGCCAGAAUCGAGACCAACAGGCUCAUAUUCCUUUGAACACACGUCCGCACAGAGCCGAGCCCAUCCCAAAGAAGAGGAAAUACGCACCCCAUCAGCAAUUGCAGCCAGGCCUCGACCAAAGCGACUUACGACGUGGCAGCCACAUCCCAUCUGAUGGUCGCGAGACCGUGUAUGAUGGGGCUCUUUAUACAGCACAAGUCCCGGGCAAAGUUGCGGCUGAUGCCGAUUAUGAAGUCGACAAUCCCAAAAAAGAAAUUCGCCGCCCUCCACGCAUAUCCGCUAAUGAUAUUAAAGAGCCAGAGUCUAUUUACGCUUCAUAUACACCCGGAUUGUCAAGAGCCUUCCAUAAGAAACGAUUGAUCCCAAAGACUAACACCCCAAACCAUAGUUUUGCGGGUGAAGUUAAGGGGGAUUCACAACAACUGACGGCGGGAGCCGGGCACAAUGGGGGAACGGUCUCCAAUCGGAAAAGACUAGUUGAUUUGCUAGGUGCUACAGCGCACUCGGAGAAUACUAGGUUGACCAACCCUGCUUCAGUUGUAGCUGAAAGCAAACAUUCGCACAACAUCGGAGCUGCACAAGAGGUCAAUGUUGCGUGCAUAAGGGCAGAUGAAGCUCCAGAGCACUUAGGGAAGCUUGACACGGGAAAUACUCAUGAGGCAGUCACACCGCUGCUGUCUAGAUUACGAGGCUCUAGGGUCACCUAUGCACGCCAACGGUCUUUCUUGGGUGACCCGCUAAAAAAUGAAGCCGCUGAGCAUGGUGAUGCGUCAGUUUCCUCUCCAGACCAUGGCGGAGCAAGACAAGCGCAUAUAAUAGACCCGAAAGCCUCCCGAACUUCAAACACUGAUGACGAUGAAACUGACUCUAGGCCUGUCCGCAGCAUACAUGAGCUCAGACAGGCUGGCGAUAAUGCUCGCUUUCGGGAGUCAGUUGAAGCGAUUUUUGAAGAAAUUGAGGAUCCAUUCAACUCACUUUCUGGGAUAUGUAGUAGCUUGACACAGCUAUGCACAAAGCUUCUUGAACCUGCCUUUGUGCGUCGUUUUUCAGAGUAUGGAUUCAGCGAUCGUCUUGUUAGCUGCACAACGGCCAACCGGGAUAUCCUCACAACAUUCCUGGUACUAUGCGCAUAUAGAUUGAUCUGCCUGAAUGGAUCCUCUUCACAUACGAGUCUGAGAUCUUUCUGGGCCAAAAUCCUGCAAAUCUCUCACAAGCUUCUUAGUGUGAAAGAUGAUAUCUCGGUUCUGGCAACUGGGCGAACCACCGGCCUGUCCAAAGCUGUGCAGGGGUCUUUAAAGAAGGUUCUCCCCCAAAUCUCCUCUAUGAUCUUCGAGCAGAAACCACCCCCUAGGCUUUCUCCUUGCUCAGUAACCCUCUCCUGCAUCCAGGCCUGCCUUACUACAUUUCUUGAAAAGGGGGAUGAUACCGGACCAUUGCCAGCCACACUAAUAGAUCAAAUCGUCGAGUUGGUCAUUUCACAACAUGAUGAUACAAGCUCUAUGACGAUCCCUGGAAGCUUUCAAUUAAUGGAAAUGUCCUUCUUGAUUCUGGAAACUUACUCGAUGUUGCCAGGAACAAUGCGUUAUGAUCAUCGCAAUUCUUUCCAAUCGCUUUUUGAACACCAUAAUAAAUUCCUCCAUUAUGGGCAGUGUGACCGGGAUAAGCAUAUUUCAAUGUUAUAUACCAGGGUGGUCCUCAAUCUUACCAAUAAUGAGCCCUCACUCUGCGAAAACUUUGCUACCCCUGAUAUGAUCUUCGACUUUGUCAAACUUGCCACCACCAGUUCGCCCGGGAUACACAAGGAUACAAAUAUGGAGGAAGACAAUCCAUGCAGUGUUGCGAUACUGGCCUUGGGCGUUCUCAUCAACUUGUCAGAACAGAGCAAGGCUUCUCGAGCCGCCUUUCUCAGGCCAAUAUCCGACUCCACAUCUUUGCUUCAAUCUCUUAUACAGCACUUUUCUGCGGGUCUUGCGUUUGCUGACCAGGCUCGCUCUGUUUCCGAAGUGCAUCACAAUGUUGUAAUUGGGUAUUUGUCGAUUCUUUUGGUUAUACUUUGCCUCGAUGCGGAUGCAUUCACGCAGAUUAGAGAGUCGACGUGUGGUAAAGGACUCCCAUUAGUCCUGUCAACGGCUGAAGAAUUCUUACAAUAUCAUCAAAAGGUCGAGCAAGAAUCUCAACUUUUUGAGACUUGGAGUGAAGGUGGAAGUAGGUCUACCACGCACCUGAAGGAUAUUCUGAGUCAAAUACGACAGAAAGCAUCCCUGUAGAAAUGCAAGACUCAAAUU